CCACUUCCGGGCCUCGUUUCCUCGUGGUCCGCCCGGCUUGCCUGGUUGGCGGGUCUUUUGGAGAGGGGGGUCUCUUCCUGAUCCGCCCGAGAUGCCUGUGCCUCGGUGCUCGGGGCCCUGCGCUGGGGUCCGGCCAGCUGCCCUGCGGCGGCCGCGCACUGGCCGGGCGGUGUGCAGGUCCUGCUUCUGCAGCGCCUUUGAGGCCGAGGUGCUGAGCACGCUGCAGACUGGCCGCCUGCUGCCGCCCGGGGCCGUGGUAGCGGUGGGCGCCUCGGGCGGCAAGGACUCCACCGUGCUGGCUCAUGUUCUCCGGACCCUGAACUCUCGCCACAAGCUGGACCUGCACCUGCACCUCGUGGCCGUGGACGAAGGCAUCGGCGGCUACCGGGACGCGGCGCUGGCGGCCGUCCGACGCCAGGCUGCCCGCUGGCAGCUGCCGCUCACUGUGGUGGCCUAUGCCGAUCUCUUCGGGGGCUGGACCAUGGACGAGGUGGCCCGCCGGGCUGCCCAGGAGCCGGGCCGCGCCCGAGCCUGCUGUACCUUCUGCGGGGUCCUGCGGAGGCGUGCGCUGGAGGAGGGGGCGCAGAGAGUGAGGGCCACGCACGUUGUCACAGGACACAAUGCAGAUGACAUGGCCGAGACGGUGCUCAUGAACUUCCUGCGUGGGGACGCAGCCAGGCUGGCUCGAGGAGGGACGCUGGGAUCCCCUGGUGAGGGGGGUGCCCUGCCCCGGUGCCGCCCCCUCCAGUUUGCUUCCCAGAAGGAGAUCGUCCUCUAUGCCCAUUUCCAGGAACUGGACUACUUCUCCGAAGAGUGUGUCUAUGCCCCCGAGGCCUUCCGUGGCCAUGUCCGGGACUUGCUCAAGGCCCUCGAGGCUGCCCGGCCUUCGGUCGUCCUGGACCUGGUGCACUCGGCUGAGCGUCUGGCCCUGGCCCCUGCUGCUCGGCCCCCGCCCCCUGGUGCUUGCACCCGCUGUGGGGCCCUGGCCAGCCGCUCCUUAUGCCAAGCCUGUGCCUUACUUGAUGGUCUCAACCGGGGACGACCCCGUCUGGCCAUUGGCAAGGGCCGCAAAGGGUUGGGGGAAGAGGGUCAGGGAGAGACUCGUGCUUCCAGGGACAGAGGACGCCCCACCAUGGCUGGGGCCAUUCAUGCUUUCUAGAGCCUUAAGCCAGAGAAGUUCCGGGACCUUACUGGGUUCUAAGCUCCUUCUGGGGCUCUAGAUGUCUGCGGCUCCAAUGGGUUGUAGUGCCCAUCAUGAGUUUCUGUUCCUGUAUGGAAAGUCGAGGUCACUCUAUGAGUUCUGGGCUCUUCAGUUGGCCUCCACUAGACUGAGGAGUCUAGAACUCUCACUCAGCCGGACUCUGUGUUCUUCAAGAGAGCAUGGAUCCUUCAGAAGAUUGUGUCUUGCAUGGGAUUCUAGGUCUCUCAUAGUUUUCCUUGGGGUUUGGAGGGCUUUGUGGGAGUCUAGGUCUCCUGGGGAAGGCAUACUGACAUGAGGACUGGAAAUAAACCUUACACACCAUCCA